AUGACGGACGAUGAAACAUCGGCGACAAUGGCAACAACUUCUGUUGGUUCUGAUCAAGAGGACACGGAUAAUAAAAUUCAGGCUGAAUGCAUGGAAACAGUCAAUAUUUUAUCAGAACGCGAUGGUUGGACCUUAUUAAAUGCCCCUAAGUGUUCGGAAGAGGAAUUGCAACAGGAAGUUGCUCGCUAUGGUUUAGAGAAUGAUCCCCAAACAGCUCGCUUCUGUAGGUUUAUUGCUGUAGCAACAAAUUUUGCUUCACUGAAAUUCGUCGAACGAAUUCAACGUGUACCUGAACUCAUUGAGAGUAUUAAGCAGCUUCUCGACGAAAUUCAACGUGAAAUGAACGAAAUGAAUGAAAUGGGUACUGCAUUUAAAGAAUUGGUUCAUCGUUCUAAUUCUUUGAUUCUAACUACACAGCACAAUAUGAGAAAGAUGUUACCGGAUCUAAGGAACGCCAAGGAUUAUAUGGAUAUCAUUGUUCAGUCCCUCGAAUCCAAUUCUAAUUUACCUUUAAAUGAACAAGAUCGAUCAGAUAUUGAAACAGCUUUGAAUGGAAUGUGCUUUGGUACUCGAAACUUGCUUCAGUUGUCACAAAAAUCGCGCGAACAGAGCGAAAGACUGGAUCAGAAUAUUAGAAGCCUGCAGCAAACGGUACAAAGUAAACGAGUGAUUGUAGAAGGUCGUAUAGAUUUCGGUGAGCAUUUUAAGCACAUUAGUCAAGCAAUAGCCGCUUUUGGUGUCUACCAGGCUACUAACGCUCUCACAACGAAUAGUUGGCAGCAUCUAUCACGCAUUCCUGGCUUGAUUCAAGUUGGAUGUCGCAUUUAUCCACCUCUUCGACCUAUCCUAAUUUCUGUUGUUCUUGGUGGAAUCACCGUGAGUACCAUCAGCAUAUUAGUUAAACGAUUUUGGCUCAAGCACAAUUAUCGAGCUUUAGAAAUCUUAGAAAAUCUCUUCAAUCAUCUUAUGCAUCUCAACGAAGCAAAUGAUCAUUUUACAAAGUACAUGUGUGAUUCAGAAGCGAAUGCUAACGACGUUCUCACUAACGUUGAAACAUUACAAAGACAAAUUACUUCAACUAGUCCACGUAUACGACGAAUGAAUCAAGCAGUAUGUCAACGAGCUUCUACAGCUACAAAUAAUAUGAUUGACUGUAUUGAAAAGAUUUUGGCCAUUGAUAUGACUGGCUGGACUUCGUCUGCUGUUCAACGUGUUGCUACGAAUCAGAAUAACACACUUUCAGUGCAACAAUUACCUCAACUAACAUAUGAAUGUGAUUAA